AUGGUCGGCCAAGACAGUGAAUCCAAAAGAUUAAGGGUUAAGAAGGCUUGUACGUACUGCAGGUUUCGGAGAAUCAAAUGUGAUGGUGAGCGACCUUGUUUUCACUGCAGACGUCGUACUCAGCUUUGUGAGUACCCUACUGAGAUUGGAAGCAACAUAUCGAAAAAAACUCACUCCAAGCAUAAUGGUUACCGCAGAGAAACAACUCAGGAUGAAUAUAUUUGCUAUCUGGAGAACAAGAUCCUAAAUUUAGAGAAGAGCUUAAUGAAUGGAUAUCCAACAAAUGCGCUAGGUACAGAUAAAAUGGAGAGCAAUCUUUUGUCAUUGGAUGGAAAAAGAACCGGAAGAGUCACAAGAUACGACGCAAUUUUAGCUAAUAAGUUGGGAAAAUCUCUUUUCUUCGAUUUACCUCCAAGCGACCGGGAAGGACUUUCUAUUCCACGUCUUCAAUUUUAUGGAUGGAACAUGUCGGGAGGCCACUAUCUUCAUCCGUUGUUACUCGCAGUGCAGCCGCUCAUUUUGAAUCCAAGUAAGCAAUCAGAUCUUUGCGCUUGGCUGCUAGACUUCUUCUUCGGUAAGAUAAACCCCUUAUUUUGCAUGAUUCAUGAGCCUGUAUUCAUGGACCAGUACCAUAAGUUUAUUAAUGAUCUAAUAACGGCAGCAGAUACUAAGGCUGCCAAGCUAUUCAACGCGAUACUCAACUUGAUAUUUGCAAUUGCCAUCAGAUUUUCGGAAAAUCAUUCAACAAGACCAAAAAGGAUCUCAGGAGAACUCAAAUCUGGAAUGGAGGAAGAUCUAUUUUACUCAGCAUAUGACAUAGUGUCAAAACUAAGUUUUGAGUGGCAGUCCCUUGAAUUAAUUCAAUCGUGGAUUUUAAUAACAUUUUAUUUAAGAGCAGCGCAUCGUCAAACUUCUUCCUAUACUUCAUUGGGAUCUGCCAUUAGAAUGUGUAAAGGAAUGUUGCUUAACAUUGAACUCACCACUAAGGCAAUCGGAGAUCAAGGAUAUGAAGAAACCAAAGCCAAAAGAAUGUUUUGGUUAGUCUAUACUUGGGAUAGAUUGUACUCAUGGCAAAGUGGAAGACAGUGCGAAAUCCAGGACGGGUCAAUCGGUAUAGAAUUUCCCCCUUUGAAUGGAACCUCAUGUAGUGAUGGAUGGUUGCAGAAGCCGGCCCUUUCAAUGAUUUACUUGGGGAGAUACGCAGGCAGGAUACAACAACAUGCUUUUGGAAACAAGAGUAUCGAUGAAACUUUCUUGAAAAAUAUUGCAACUGAGCUCUCACAAUUCAAGAUUUGGUGUGACUCAAAUAUGUCAUGCGACGAAUUUGAUAGACUAUUGUUGGAUCAGGUAUACUUAACUUAUCACGACAUCUUUUUGUCACUUUACAAUAAACAGCUCCUAGGACUAAUUGACUGCCAUUCCUGCAUUGAUUGGUGCUCCUCCCAUGUUUCUCUCCUCAGAGAGCACAGCAAGCAGACACUUGAUAUUUUCGAAUGCAUGAGGAGCAAGGGAGAAUUGGAAAUUCCGUGGUGGAUGAACCUGUCUCUUCUAUUCAACAUUUCUCUGAUAAGUGUUAUUCUCAUCUACUCCGGUAUGCAAACCGAGGAGCUUGCUGAUACUUUCAGGAGAGCCAUCAGCUUGCUAGAGGCAGUCAAAGGAAAAGCCUCAAUGUCUGCAGAGUGUGUGUGGGCGCUGAAAACUCUGAACCAUAUGUGUGUUUUGAAAAUGCAAAAAGCAGCUAAUACUUUGGCCCAAAUUGGGAUUAAUCCCGGACCAAGUUCAGUGAAUGAACAUCGAUUCUUACAAUUUGAUCAAGUCGGACGAGGACCUGAUGAUGAUUCUAUAUUUGACUCUUCGACUGGUAGCUUACCUGAAAUCAGAAUUUCCAACAUGUUAGGGCACGAUACCGGUGAAAAUGAAUGUCUGAACUGGUUUGACCCUUGGUUGGAUGAGGUAAUAUGA